AUGGUCGUAAACAAUCCUAACAACUGGCACUGGGUCGACAAGAACUGUAUCGACUGGGCGAAAGCCUAUUUCGACGAAAAGCUCGUGGGCUUGUCUGUGAAGUCAGAAGAAGCCAGAUUCGUAGAAGUCAAAUCUGUAUCUUCCCUAGAAGGUGACGUGGAAGUUUGCCAAAGAAAAGGAAAGGUCAUUUCGCUUUUCGACUUGCGCAUUAUUUUGAAUAUCGAGGGUAAGAGUACCGCUGAGAAGGAAUUCAAGGGAAGCAUUACUGUUCCAGAAUUGGCCUAUGAUACCGAGGAAGACGAAAUCCAAUUCGAGGUCAGCAUAUACAAUGAAGACAGCGACUCCGAAAAAAUGAGACUUUUGGCCAAGAAGGAAUUGAUUCCUAUUCUUAGACUGAAGUUGCUGGCGUUUGGUAAAGACCUUAUUGAGUCCCAAGCCUCAGACAUUCAACUUGAGAGCUCUUUGGUCAACUCAAAACUCACCAAAGAGAAUCAGACUGAAACCUCCAAGAAGACGAACACUGCAGCCCCUGCACAACCUGCCCGUUCAACCUCCCAAGCUGCUUCGAAAACCAGCGCCACUUCCACCUCCUCCAAUGUUCCAAAGUACAACACUGCAACUUUACACUUGGAGCCAACGUUUAACACCACCGCCGAGCAAUUGUACAUCACUUUGUUGGAUGUUCAGCGUGUCUCCGCAUGGACUCGUUCGCAAGCACAGAUCGAGCCAAAGGAGGGAAGCGAGUUUAAGCUUUUCGGCGGAUCCAUUACCGGUAAAAACUUGAAGUUGGUGGAGAAUGAACGUAUCACACAGUCCUGGAGACUCGAAGAUUGGAAGGCUGGCCACUACGCUCAACUUGACAUUCAACUCAAGCAGGGUGCGGGAGAAACCACUAUGGUGGUCAAGUGGUCUGGUAUCCCAAUUGGUGAAGAGGAGAGAGUGCGUGGAAACUUCGAAGACUACUACGUUCGUUCCAUUAAGAUCACUUUUGGUUUUGGUGCCGUAUUGUAG